GACACAGGAUCUGCAGGCAGAGAAAGGCACAACCCAUCACUUGUGAGGACUCCAGCAGUGCGCAGUCUUCUCCAGGUCUCUGUUCUGUGAGGACUUUGUGGAGCUCCCGGACCAGUCCUGCUCAGAAGUUUCCUCCACAGCAUUAGAUGAUCUCAAAGCUGAUGCGGCGGUCAGGGAGGACUGCUGCUACAGGACCCACCACUCUGUGGACUCUACUCAUGGUGGUCUUCUCUGGAUGUUUCCUAACAGAAGCCACUCCACACCUCACCUACCACCGACCUGCACAGAGGGGCAAGAAUUGGUGUGCUUUCAUUGUGAACAAGAAUGUCAGCUGCACUGUCAUGGAUGGGAGUGAGAGUUUUAUCCAGCCUCAGUACAGAUGUACCUGGAACCAGAUCCACUGUCAACCAACACUAACUUAUAAGGUUGGCUUUAGACCUAGGUAUGUAACCUCCUACAAAGUUGUGACUGAGCUGGAAUGGAGGUGCUGCCCUGGUUUUAAGGGUGAAGAUUGCAAAGAGGGCCCUGCUGACAAAGCCAAGCAGACCCCUAUACAUACUCCUCGGCCAAGUGGGGGGAAGAGUGACCCAGAGCCAAAUGGACAACAACAUAAACCUUUGGAUUCCAAGAGAGAUUUUCAAGAAUUGAAUGAAGCACAAGAGAAAAAGAUUCAGACUCUUGAAGAAGACCUACUCCGACUUACGCAGACCGUCAUUGACUUGCAAACCUCUGUGUCCGGUGUAAAUGAAAACUUGAAGAUCACUGUUCAAGAAGACACCAGUAAAUUUUUAAAUACUUGGCUCAACAACUUGACACCAACAGCCAGUGCCACUGGUGGUAAGACGGAGUAUUACUUACCAGGAAGUGCUGAGAAAGAGGACGGGCUAAAAGAUCUAGUGUCUGAAUUAACAAGUGCCCGAGAGGAACUUCAAAAGAAAACUGAUCAAAUUGAAGAACUAACCAGAAAAAUCAAUUUAUAUGAGGAACGUCUAAUUGAUAUUGAAGAAAUGUCCCGUCAGCCAACAGUAAAAACACCUGUUUCUAUUAGCGAUGAUAAAUUGGAAGCUCUGAGAAAUGAGAUGCUUGAGGGAAUGGAUAGAAAAAUGGCUGAUCUGAAAAACUCUUGUGAUUAUAAGCUGAUUAAUGUUCAACAACAAUGUGAAGAGAACGAGCAUAGCUGCGCCGAAGUCAAAGAUUUUGUUCUUGAAAAAGAGACUGAACUCCGUAAUGAAAUAAACAAGUUAAAGUCUCAAAUCCCAACUGUACCAAAUAGUGGUUCAAAUUGCUGUAAAGAUGAUAUCGACACCAUACUGAAGAACUUGGGUCAAAAAGUUGACAGAAUUGCUGAAGCCAAUGUGGCCCUCAAUGCCCGAUUAGACAAUGAGGUACAGCGUUUGAGCACCUUAACACCAGAGAAGUCUUGGCUUGAAAAAUUGAAUGAUUUAGAGUUCAAGGUCAAUGUCUCGGAAAACAAUGUAGAGCAACAUUGCUUCUACAUUGAAGACACAUUAAGAGAUUUAAUUAACAGUAGUGUUGACAAUGUGAACAAUCUAAUGGACUUGAAGCUUCAGUUAUUGGAGAAUAGGUUGGGCGAUGCUAGCAGUAACCAUGAUCCUGCGGAUUCCAGCAGCUCGAUUGCCAGCUCUGUUUUUAAUGAGGUCAGUGAAUUGAAACAUGUGGUGCAGAAGCUUGACAAUGAAUUGAAAGCUGCCUUACAUGGCAAAGAAGGUUCUUUGGGUGACAUUAAUGGGUACAACAAUAAUUAUGAAAUUUUGAUCCAGUCUCAGCUGGAUAAUGCACUUCUUUUAAAGUCGCUCACUGAUACAAUGCAUGAAAAGUUUGAGUUACUACAAAACAAGACAUCAGAUUUGGAAGGAUUGAAAACUGAGCUGGGAAUGGUUAAAAUGGAUCUGUACAGGAUUGAAGACAGUGUUGAUUUAUUGAAUGAUAAGUUUGAUUCAUUGAAAAACCAGGUGCAUGAUAUUAACUCUACUGUCACUGAUACACGGCUUGGCCUAUCGGCAAAAGUUGAUGUUGUCCAAAAACUUUUUGAUACCUCUUCAGAUUCUUCUACAAAUAGUAACUGUUGUAACAAUCUCCAAGAUAAUUUUGAAGUCCUAAAGCGUGAAUUAACUGCUGACAAAGGGAAGUGCCCACAAAAUUCUCAGGGAAUUAGAACUGAACUUUCGAAUAUUGAUGCCAGAGUUUCUAAGUUGGAAAAUGUAUGUGGAAAGUUGGACACUAUCUCUGGCAGCCUGCAAAGGAUUAAAGAUGGGCUUAACAAACAUGUAACCAGUUUAUGGAACUGUAUAAACAAGAUCAAUGGGACAAUAAAGUCACAUUCCAAUGACAUUUACGGAAUGAAAAACUCUGUCCAGGUGUUCCAAACACAGAUCGUCAAAAUCACUAAUGAUUUACAAGAUCUUAGCAAGAGCAAACCUGGAGAAGGUUCUCAGCCGAAACACACAAUACAAUUUCAAGUUAUACCUCAACUUCCACCAAGAAGCACGGAAAAACCAAAAUACCCACAAGAGCCAAUCUACCCCCAGGUUCCCAUAGUGCCUUCAAUUCCUAAACAGCCUGCACAACCUCAAGAACCUCAUUAUCCAAGCAAGCCAGACUCCCCAUCCCAGCCUGGACAACCACAGCUACCUCUAGACCCUACCAGUACAAAGCCAAAACAACCACCAGCCAAACCAGAGCCUCCUACCUCUUCAGGAUCUAUCGUUAUACCACUGGGUCCUGGACGAAAUGGAGUCAUUUUAGAGCAUGGUCAAGCUGGCCCUCCUGGUAGAUUGGUACAGACUGGAUCAGGAAGGCCACAAGGUGCUAAUGGAGAGCAAGAAAUGCAAAUGUCAAAAGGUUUUGCUGGAGCACCAGCUUAUCUCAAGCCAGCUAAAGAUAAAACAGAUCAAAUAUUGAUCACUACAUUUUCAGAAUCCAGAGGAGCAAUUGCUACAACUACACAGAUAUCAUUCUCAGCUGGACUGACUGAAAAACCAAGCUCAUUUGAAGUUGGCCUAAUUCCCUUUAAUAAUGUUCUGGUUAAUGAUGGCAAGCACUAUAACCCUGAGACAGGUAUCUUCACAGCUCCCAUUGAGGGUCGUUAUAUGCUCUCGGCAGUCCUAACUCCAGAGCACAACCAUUUUGUGGAAGCGGUCUUGUUGGUGUCCAAUGUCAGUGUGGCACAGCUGGAUUCUAAUGGCUACAGGCGAGAGCUCUUGGAGUAUCACAACCCAAGCUCCAGUAGGUCAGUUUGCAGCGGGAUUGGCACAUUCAAUCUCAUCUUGAACUUGAAAGCUGGAGAUGAAGUUGCCAUUGUCCUGACAGGAGGCAAACUGGCGAAUUCAGACUCUGAUGAAAUGUACUCCACAUUCAGUGGCGUCUUAUUAUACCCAUCCACCCCCCUCAGAUAGCUUAACACCUAAUAAAGAGACAUUCAGUACAAAGGAAUUUGAAGUGUUAAUAUAUACUGUUUAGGAAUAUGGCCUUAUUGUGAGUGAAUGUAUAAGAUAUGUUGUACCUUAUGGUAUGCACACUAUAUAAGAAAUGACAUUUGCCUUUCUGCUGAUUUUUUUUCUUCAAAAUAUUUUCUAAUUAUUCUUUUAAAAAAGCAACUUUAUGCACUGUCCAGAUUUUUUUUAUACAUUUUUUAUUUUUUUAUUUUUUUUAUCACUGAGAUGUUUCUCUGCGUAUUUUAGAAUUUUAUAUUGUUCUGCGCUUGGUAGGUCACGUAAAUGCAUUAUUUAAUGUUCUGCAUGUUUCAUUCUGUCCUUAUUUAAAUGUGGUACUAUGUGUUCUAUAAAUUGUCCAUAAAAAGCAAUGAAGAAACUACAUACAGCUAAUUAUCAAGUGCCUUACGUCACAAGUUAGGAUCUUUGCAGGUUUGCCCAUGUGGAUUUUCUUAUAUAAAUUGUGUGUUGUGUCAGUGAUCCUAAUAGCUUUUAUAGGAAUUUUCAGGAACUUCACUAUAAGGCCGCUUUUGUUACAAAAUCAUAAUUCAAUUAUUUUCUAUUAUAUUUUCUCUUUCUAGUAUAAUUUAAAAAAAAAACUGGGUACAUAGCAAUAGGGGGUGCAGACUCGGAGGUAGCAGUACAUGAGAUGCCACACAAGAAGAAUGAAAAGACUUUACACAUCUGAGUAAAAUACAGUUCAAAAAGGGCUAUUUGUACAGUUAAAGGGGUUGUACCAUAUCAGACAUUGAUGGCUUAUCACUAGGAUAUGCCAUCAGUGUUUGAUAGGAGUGGGUCCUAAGCAGUCCUCCAAAGCAGUCCUCUGAAGUAAAGGAGAGCACACCAUGCAUGCGUGACAUGCUCUACAUUCACUCCUAUAAGAGUUCUGAAAAUAGCCUUGGCUAUUUUCAGAAGUCCCAUAGCGGUGAAUGGAGAGUACACCGCACAUACACGCCCACCGUCCAUUCACCGCUAUGGGACUGCUGGAAACAGCCAAGCCAGCGCUCCGCUAUUUUUGGAACUCCCAUAGUGAUGAAUGGAGGGUGGUUGUGUUUGGCGUCAUGUGCUCUCCUUCACUUCGUGGGGCCCGUUCUGGAGAUAGGUGCUCCACCUCUGGGACCUACUCCAAUCUGACAUUGGUAGUAUAUCCUAGCGAUAUGCCAUGGGAAUGGGAAUACUCUUUUAAGAUUCAUUCAAAUUUGUACAUUGUACCCAUGUUUAACUGUUUGUAUUCUGGAUGUGACAUCUAGACCCCCUGCAGUUCUACUGAACCAACCUUACAGCAUCAUAAGGGUCUAUGAUGCUACAGGUUCAGUAGAAUUGUUGGAGGUCCAUAUGUUGCAUCUGAAAUAUGGACUGAGGCCUUAGUAUCGUCCAGUGUUGGCCAUCUGGAUUUCUUUAAUUUUGCCAUUUUACCCAUAACUAUUGUUGCAUAUCAAGCAGAUCUUAUUAGAUGAGGAAAUUGGAUUUGUCCUUAGUCACUGAAAACACGGGAAUUUCCAAUCAACGGGGUGAAUAAAAUUUUAAGAAGCUGUUUCUUACAAGUAGUUUGUUUUUGAAGUUAGAAGCCAUUUAUAGGGUUAGCUAUAAAAAACAACAUAUAUCAAUUCGAUCACUGGUGAAAUGCUCACCCACAUGGGGUUAACAAAGAUCUUCCAGGCUAUUUCUUUCGCUUUCACGGUUUCACAUUAGUUGCUAUGGUUACAUGUUAGCACUGAUAGUAUUUUUUUUGUAUGGUUGACAUUUGGGUGAUACUUUCCUGAUUCCGUUCAAGUGCUCAAUCUGAUAAUCCAUAAAUAAAUGUUUACUGUAUAAAGAUGUCAAACAUUACUGUAGAGUCAUUUUAUACUGUAUGUGGUCCAGAAUCUGCAUUGUUGGCCAUUCUUUGCCUUUGCUAAUUGAUUUUGUUUUUAAAAUUGUGUUUUGUGUUAUUAAAUUAAUUACACUAAAA